UCAUCUGCUUUGUUGUAGAUUCUAUGUAGGAUACUUCGACAUUUUUUUUUCUUUCUGCCUCCCCCUUUCCCGAACGCUAUCCUUUCCUCCUCCUCCUCCUCCUUUUCAUCCCCUUUUCCUGGAUCGCCAUGGAGGCCAACUGGACCGCUUUCUUGUUCCAGGCUCAUGAAGCCUCACAUCACCACCACCAUCACCAUCAACAACAGGCUUCUCAGAACAGCUUACUACCGCUCUUGGGUACGCCUGUGGAGCCUCCUGAUCAGAAGCCCAUGUUACCUUUACCUGUAACACAAAAACCCCAGACUCCAUCAGAACCCAUAAAAGAGCCGGUUGUGGUGAAAAAAGAAAAAUCCAAAACUUCCUUCGUUUGUACAUACUGCAGCAAAGCAUUUAGAGACAGUUACCAUUUGAGGCGCCACGAGUCCUGCCACACAGGAAUAAAAUUGGUGUCACGGCCAAAGAAAACACAGGCGUCGCCAGUUGUACCCCUCAUUUCAACAAUUGCUGGAGAUAACAACAGAACAUCUCUGGUAUCAACGAUUGCAGGAAUAUUGUCAACGGUCACUACUUCUUCUUCAACCACUAUUCCUAGCGCAAGCACGAGCAUACCAACCAUGCCUGUGGCUCAACCAGUGAAGAAACCCAGCAAACCAGUUAAGAAAAACCAUGCAUGCGAGAUGUGUGGGAAGGCUUUCAGAGAUGUGUAUCAUCUCAACAGGCACAAACUGUCUCACUCUGACGAGAAGCCAUUUGAAUGUCCAGUCUGCAAUCAGCGUUUCAAGAGGAAAGAUCGGAUGACCUACCAUGUUAGAUCUCAUGAAGGAGGGAUCACAAAACCCUACACAUGUACUGUUUGUGGAAAAGGGUUUUCAAGACCCGAUCACUUAAGCUGCCACGUGAAGCAUGUCCACUCUACAGAACGACCCUUCAAAUGCCAAACAUGUACGGCUGCCUUUGCCACCAAAGACAGACUUCGAACUCACAUGGUGCGUCACGAAGGGAAGGUGUCCUGCAAUAUCUGUGGCAAACUUCUCAGUGCGGCCUACAUCACCAGCCACCUAAAGACACAUGGGCAAAGCCAAAGUAUCAAUUGUAAUACUUGUAAGCAAGGUAAAAAGUUUCAAGGACAACUUCAUGAGCUUCAAAAUCCAGUUCAUUGUCGAAUCAAAUAUGAAGCUUCAGACUCACUCUUUUGUGCUGUGGAUCAGAAUCAUAGGACCUUUUCAAUAGACACAAGUAAUAUGUGCCAAACGUCCACUGCGGCUCAGACACCAGUGACUCUUACUUCACCUUUCAAUAUUACGUCUUCUGUGGCUGCUUCGGGAACUUUGACUAAUUCUGUAUCUGUAGCAACUGCCAUGAGUAUGAGCAUGAGGAGUCCGGUGAAUGUUUCCAGUCCUGUUAAUAUAACCUCUCCAAUGAAUUUGGGUCACCCGGUCACCAUAACAACCCCCAUUUCCAUGACCUCACCUUUGUCUUUAACAUCUGCUGUCAAUUUGCCAACUUCAGUCACUGCACCAGUGAACAUAGCACAUCCAGUUACCAUAACAAGUCCUAUGAACCUGCCUACCCCAAUGACACUGGCUGGCCCAUUAAAUAUAGCUAUGAGACCAGUGGAAAGCAUGCCAUUCUUAUCCCAAGCUCUGCCAUCUUCCCCACCGUGGUAAAGAACAUUUGCAGCAGUAUUCUAGAAAGUUGUUCUGUAGUUAUUUACCAAUUUUUCAAUAUUUCAUAAGGGCCUGGAAAAUAGCUGAUGUUUAAGCCUUGAUCUUGGCUAUUCUUCCGCCUUUGUAUUUAUGGUCUUGGUCCGCAUCUGCUAAGAAGGAAGGGAAAUGAAACCUGGAGAGUUAAAUGACAGGAUGAAACGUUUAUUUGUAUGGAAGUCGGUUCAUUCUAGUAACACUACCAACAAAUUCCCUAAUACCUAUGCCUACGGGAUGAGAUAACCUUUUAUCAUUUCUAAAAAUGCAAAUGAAGAUUAAUAGUGGAGGUUUUCCUUGCUUCUUAGGAAUGCUUUUCAUAAUGGGAUUAUGUCUUUAUUUGUAGCAUUUCCUGUAGAAGAGUUGUGCCACUUCUGAUAUACAACACCUGAUGAUUUGUUAUUGUAUUAUAGGCUACAGAAAAGGGUGUUUCUUUUUGCUGGUCUCCCAGUA